GCGGUCUUUAUCGUCGCAAAUUUCAAAGAAAAUAAAAUCGACGCGAAAAUGGCAGCGAUCUCUGCUUUGCAAGCGUAUGAAAGUGACGAAAGCGAUGAAGACAUUAGUGAUAAGGAGGCCCAUUCUGAAGAUGUAACGGCACAUCUUAGACCACUGGAAAAGAAUCGGACGGUUCAAUCACUGCAAGUGAAAUUACAGUUGAAUGCAGCACCAACUGUCGACGAAACGAGCGACUAUGGUACUAACCCUUACCAGCCCCUAGAUCCAUCUACAAAGACAGUGUCUUAUAAUCCUCAGUAUGAGCAGAUGUACAAGCCACAGGCUGGUCCUGCUAACCCCUUCAGGACUCAGCAACAGGCUGCUGCUAAGAAUACUCUAGCUGGUUACGUGGAACCUGCCCAUCUAAAUCCCUUCCAUUUUGAGAACCAGAGAAGAACAUUCUCAAGCUAUGGUUUUGCUGUUGAUCCCAGCACUGAGACGGGUGGGAAACAUAUUGUGUCCAAUAAAGAGGGAACCGAGCCGGAAGAAGGUAAAACAGUCUUUGAGUCGGUAGAGUUAAGGGAAGCUGACAAACGUAAGAGAGUGAAGAACAGAAAUGCUUCAGACAUCGAGGGCUUUGAGGGUCCUUGGGGGAAGUAUGUGGACGAGAAGACUGUAGCAAAGCCUUCUGAGGAAGAGCAGACAGAGUUAGAUGAGAUCCUUGCUAAGAGAGCUAAAAGAGGCAAGAAGGUGGAUGAUAAACCAGCAGAAGAGAAGACUACGCUGCACAUCAAGGAUGCCUACGACUACCAGGGUAGAUCCUACCUUCACAUACCCCAAGACCUGGACGUGGAUCUCAAGUCUGAGCUGCCUCCAGAGAAGUGCUACCUGCCCAAGAAGGCCAUCCACCAGUGGACCGGACACACCAAGGGCGUGGCAGCGAUCAGGCUCUUCCCUGGCUCCGGCCAUCUUCUGCUGUCCUGCGGGAUGGACAGUAAAAUCAAGAUUUGGGAGGUUUACAACCAGAGGAGAUUAGUCAGAACUUACACAGGUCACAAACAGGCCGUCAGAGAUAUAUGCUUCAACAACGAUGGAACAAAGUUUCUCAGUGCUGCCUACGAUCGUUACAUCAAGCUUUGGGACACAGAAACAGGGGAGUGUAUUGAGAAGUUUACGAGUCGUAAGGUUCCGUACUGUGUGAAGUUCAACCCAGAGGAGGACAAACAGCACAUCUUUGUGGCUGGCAUGUCAGACAAGAAAAUUGUACAGUGGGACAUAAGAAGCAACGAGAUCGUUCAGGAGUACGAUCGCCACUUGGGAGCCGUCAACACCAUCACGUUCGUCGAUAACAACAAACGCUUUGUGACGACCUCGGACGACAAGAGUCUGAGGGUGUGGGAAUGGGAUAUUCCUGUAGAUUUUAAGUACAUUGCAGACCCCAGCAUGCACAGUAUGCCCAGCGUCUCUCUCAGUCAUAAUGGUAAAUGGUUGGGUUGCCAGGCGAUGGACAAUCAGAUCGUGAUCUACAGCGCCAUCAACAGGUUCAGACAGAACAGGAAAAAGAUCUUCAAAGGUCACAUGGUUGCUGGUUAUGCCUGCCAGAUGGACUUUGCUCCUGAUAUGAGUUACGUCGUUUCUGGAGAUGCCGACGGCAAAUUGAAUGUAUGGGACUGGAAGAGCACAAAACUGUACACGAAGCUGAAAGCGCACGACGGUGUGUGUAUCGGCUGUCUGUGGCAUCCGCAUGAAACAUCAAAAGUGAUAACGUGUGGCUGGGAUGGACUCAUCAAACUGUGGGACUGAGACAAUAACUGUGCAUUUUCAGUGAACUUGAAAGCUUUGAUGGAGACCAACUUUAUAUUCGAGUAUAUUGGACUGUGAAGGAGAAGUGCUCAUAUCCACAGGUUGGAGUUGCAGAAAGUUUGUCAGCUUAUAUUCUCAUCAUCACGCUGUACACCCUGACGCCAACUUCACGACCCGAAAGAAACAGAGACAGAUUUGUGAGCAUCAUCCUGUAUACACAGCACAUGUUCUCGUACAUUAUAUCAAAUGGUGCCAACAAGAAACUGAGUGUGUGGGACUACAUAAUGGAAAUAUUGGACAGUUGAGUUGGAGGCUGUUUGAGAUUUUCUGUCUGCAUAUAUAUAUAUAUAUAUAUAUAUAUAUAUAUGAAACGGGUAAAAUAUAGAUUUAGGUAUAUCUUGCCUAUAUUGGAGAUUUCCUGAAGUCCAUUCCAGCAAUCAGGUAUGGGGUCAUGUUUUACAUAAAUCUGUUUGAUCAGAAGCUUAAGCUUGAAUAAGAUUAUUUGACAGGUAUACAUGCAUUGUACAAUUAAUGCACUCUUCAUGCAUUGUCUUUAUACAAAUAGACAACAUUACCAACAUUGCAAAAUGCAUGCUAACCAUAUAAUUUGAUUUCAAUUUCCAAUCAUAAAUAUCUUGUUAAUCAGACAGUCGAUCUGCUUUUAAAAUUCAUGGGGUCCCUGACUGACCUAAAGGUUUAUAAUUAUCAUUGUAGCAUGAGCUAAAUCCAGGAUUUUGUUUCAGAAUCUGAGACAAAGAGACCCAAUCCCUUCAAAAUGAUUCACACAAAGUCUUAUUUUAGGAUUCUGGCAUAGACAUGUAUAUUUACAGACUUCACCAGUACCAACUGUGUCUCAUACUCUAGGUUUAUUCUCU